UCCGGAUGAGAUGAUGGGGCGCGGCCCUGUGUGGGCCAUACAGCUUGUUGUGGGUGUGCCCCAUGUGCCAGCUCGGACGGGCCUCCUUGGAAGGGACCUUUUUAUGACCAGGACCCUCUGCAGCCCAGGCCCCAGCACGCCCAGGGAGAAAGGCCCAGAGGAAGCGGCGGCCCUUGGGCUGCAGCAACGCCUCCCGGCGCUAGGGAGAGCCCUGGGCCACAGCAUUAGACAGCGGGUGUCCUCCACAGCCAAGACAUGGUGGGACCGGUAUGAAGACUUUGUGGGACUCAAUGAGGUCCGUGAGGCCCAGGGCAACGUAACAGAGGCAGAGAAGAUUUUCAUGGUGGCUCGUGGGCUCGUCCGAGAAGCACGCGAUGAGUUGGAGGGCCAGCAAGCCAAGCUGAAGGAGGUGAGGGACCGCUUAGACCGCAUCUCCAGGGACGACAGCCAAUACCUGGAGCUGGCUACACUGGAGCACAGGAUGCUGCAGGAGGAGAAGAGGCUCCGCACUGCCUAUCAACGUGCCGAAGACUCUGAGCGAGAGAAGUUCUCCCUGUUCUCUGCAGCUGUGCGGGAAAGUCACGAGAAAGAACGCACGAGGGCCGAGAGGACCAAGAACUGGUCCCUCAUUGGAUCGGUCCUGGGCGCCCUCAUCGGUGUGGCCGGCUCCACCUAUGUGAACCGUGUCCGGCUUCAAGAGCUGAAGGCCUUGCUGCUGGAGGCCCAAAAGGGACCCUUGAGUCUCCAAGAGGCCAUACGGGAGCAGGCAUCCACCUACUCACUCCAGCAGAGGGACCUGCAUGACCUCAUGGUGGACCUGCGGGGCCUGGUGCAUGCCAGCCAAGGGCAGGGCUCUGGCUUGUCAGGAGCUUCCCCUACCCCGGCCGGAGACACAGAGGUCCUCUCAGCUGCUUUGAAAGAGCAGCUCCGUCAUUCCAGACAGGUCCAUUCAUGUCUGGAGGGCUUACGGGAGCAGCUUGAUGGCCUGGAAAAGACUUACAGCCGCAUGGCUGGGGUGCUGCAGCUUGCAACUGCAGCCGCACAGCCGUGCCCAGAGGAGCCAGCAGACGGGGCUCUGCCCAGCUCCGUGUUGGGACAGGGAGGCGUGAUCUUGGCCCUGUCGGAUGCAGAGCAAAGGCUAGAAGCCCAAGUCAACAGGAGCGCCAUCUACAGCACACUGGUCACCUGCGUGACAUUUGUGGCUACCCUGCCUGUGUUGUAUAUGCUAUUCAGGGCCAGCUAGCCCCGUCCCUUCUCCCUCUCCCCGCCGCCUCCUGGGAGUCUGAGCAACUCAGAAGGGGGUGUGAGCUGAGUUGGCGAAUCCUUUCCAUCCCUUCCAGCAAUGUAGUUAGCUGUCGGGGGCAUGCACCCCUAGCCAGUGUACCUCCAGGCAUGCCCCACUCUGUAGACACUGUGCUGUUUUACACUGAUUAUAAACAUGCUGUACUAAUAGCCAAUUAAAAUGUCUUAGAAUUUCUGA